AUGGAACUUGAAAGCAUAGGAAACUCUGACCACUCUUAUGCAAGAAAACGCCAUUAUGACCACACCUAUGCUAUGAGUGCCGCAACGAAUGAAUCAAAUGAUGCUGUACUCGUACCGUCACACAUAACAACUGUACCAGAUACAGCAGAUGUUUCACUGGAAUCCAUGCCACCUAUUGCGGGUCUGUCGAUUGAGGCAUCUCAUCUAAAUUCAGAGCGCGUCUCGUCUGCAGAUCAAGCUUCCAUUGCGGUUGUGGACCCGUCAUUUGAGCAAACUCCACCGCAAACAGUGGACGCCUCCUCUACGGUCUCCGCUGAUCAAUCCUGCAUCACGGUAGCAGACACAUCAGUUAAGCAAAUUUCAUCACAUGCAGUUGUCGACUCCUCUUCCAUGAUCUGCGAUGAUCAGGCGUACAUCACUGCUCCAGGGCCGUCAGUUGAGUCAACUGCGGUAAAUCCAGAACUCGCACGGGCGUCGGGUGUUCAAGAACAGAACACGAGAAAGGAACGGACUCCGAAAUGGGCAUGUCGCAAGCGACUUCGAGUUGUAUCUCACGCCGAUCAACUGUCGCCAGAGUGCGAGGCGUUGUACAAACACUACAAAAAAGCCAAAAAACAAGUGGACUACUUCAGACGAGCCAAGAUGGCCUCUAAGUUGUCAAAAGAGGCUUCAUUCAAACAAUUAGUGGCAGGAAUGAACUCUGUGGCAAGAAAAUUUCUGUGGAUGCAGAUUAAACUCUGUACUACGAGUAAAAAAGGCAGAAGGUUUAGCCUAGAGGAAAAAGUUAUCGCACUUUCAAUUAUGAAGCAAAGCCCAAAAUGCUACAGAUUCUUGCAGAGAAUAUUCAUCCUGCCAUGCAAAACGACACUUAAUAAGUUGUUAUUAAACGUAAACAUUGAAGCUGGCAUUAAUACUCAAGUCUUUAAUGUCAUUAAACAAGAGGUCUGCAAAUGGAAUGAGGCCAAAAGAAUGUGUUCCAUAAUAUUUGAUGAGAUGAAGUUGGAGGCUGGCGUCCAUUACUCACGGAAACACGACAAUAUUAAUGGAUUCGUUGAAUUGUCUGAGAAGACCAACCACUUGGCCGACCACGCUCUAGCAUUUAUGAUUAAAGGCGCGGUUCAUAAGUGGCAACAACCGAUGGCGUAUUACUUCUCCGAAGGUGCCGCGUCGGGUCCGCAGAUGAAGGCCAUCAUCAAGGAGAUAGUGGCGGCCGUGUGCGAGACGGGGCUCCAGCCUAUCGCUUUGAUAAGCGACCAGGGGACUUCGUUUCAAAGCGCCUUCAAAAGCCUUCAAGAGGACACUAGAAGAUCAUAA